AUGUUCGAAACCUUGCAACCGGUCGCAUAUGCCGUUUCCUUCAUUUUCUGGGCUCUUUCUACAUUGCUGACCUGCUUGCGCUUCUACUCGCGAGGAUGGAUCAUCCACGCUUUUGGCAAGGAUGAUUGGUGGAUGGUCUUGGUUUUGGUGUUCAACACGGCACAGCAAGGCCUAUUUUGUGCAUUCCUUUACUAUGGAGGUGGGCUCCAUUUACCCCCAACGCCUGAUCCUGCAAAAGUAAUACUCUUGUCCAAGCUUCUCUUUGCAGAAGAGAUCUCAUAUAUCUGGAUGCAAUUUAUCAUCAAGACGGCAUUCUUGCUCUUCUAUCUCAGGCUCACGAGUAGCACAACCUUCAUCAAAGGUUGCAUGCCUUUGGCGGCCUUCUGGGACCUGCCAGCACACCCCAACGCCAAAUGUCUGCCCAAAUCCGUGACCUACUACGUUCCUGUUUCGCUGUGCAUCAUGAUGGACGUUAUUGUCCUCGCAUUUCCUAUCCGUCCUCUCUGGAACAUCCAAGCUAGUCUCUCUCGCCGGCUGGGAAUAAUCGCCACCAUAACCGCCGGCGGUAUCGCGGUCGUGGUCUCUUGCUUGCGCAUAAUUGUUCUUCACCAGUUCGCAGUCAAUCCGGAUUUUACCUAUAUCCUCGGCGACAUGGUCAUCAUUUCGGCCAUCGAGCUGAACGUCGCAAUCAUGGUCGCAAAUGCGCCCUCCCUCAAGGCUUUCUGGCUCAGGCAUGUGAGAGGGUCCCUGUCAGAUUACACGAGCUCAGUCAAGUUGUCGUCCCUCAGAAAAGAACGCUCAAGUAAUCAGGCGGAGCGAUCAAAUAUAUAUCAGCGAGAUGAACGGGGCCUGAAACCUACCGAUCUGAUGGAUUCUUCGUCGACGAAUAACCUGGUUACGAGACCGGGGAGUGAGGGUUGA